AUGCAUUACCAGAGAAUCGCCGCCUCGCCUGCCCAAACCCAACACGCCUUCGACACACACACGUCCAGCACCGCCCCAGAUCCUCCCCACUACUCUCCUGAACCAGCCCAAGGCCAAACAGACCAACAAGGCCACUAUGUCGGCACUUCUUCCGCAGUCUCCUUCCUCCUUCGCAUCCAACGACGACUGCACCAAGACAGUACGUCCUCCCUAUCUCAGACGUCCUCCAUCUUCACCUUCGGCGACGCGCCCCUGCCAGAAUUCGACACGACGUUUUUCGUGCUCCCGCCCAAAGCAGACGCGCAGCGCCUCGUGGAACGGUACUUUGACUUUGCGGCGCCCACGCAUCGGUUCUUGCACCGCCCUACGAUUGAGAAGCUGGUCGAGGAGUUCUAUGAGACGCAGGGCGAUAUGCGCAGUAGGGAGGAUGCGCCGGCCAAGACGGCGCUGCUGCUGAUUGUUUUUGCGCAGGCGCAGGCGUAUAUGCCGCCCGGGAGUACGGUGUUGGAUGAUAGUGCUAGGUACUUUUUUGCUGCAGAGCACCAGUUGUCCAAGGAACGCGGUGCGGUGAGGUUGGCGAGCGUGCAGGCCCGGCUACUGCAGUGUGUGUAUCUGCUUACGCGGUCGCGGGUGAAUCAUUGUUGGAGUUUGUUUGGGACGACGGCGCAUUUGGCGUUUGCACUGGGAUUGAAUAGAGGGAGGAGGUGUGAUCCUUCGGGCACGAUUGAUUAUGUGGAGGUGGAGAGUCGGAGACGGCUGUUUUGGUGUGCGUAUUCGUUGGACAAGUAUCUCUCCGCUGCUCUUGGCCGACCGAGGACGUUCAGAGACGAGGAUAUCGAUCAGGAACUUCCGACUAUUGUAAACGAUAACGACCUCCAUCCGACGUAUAUGAAUCCUACUCCUUCGAAAUCCCACUCCGUCAUGAUGGCCCCGGUAGAACAUAUCAAACUCACACGUAUAGUCUCCCUCGUACUCCGGGACUUGUACUCGAUCCGACCCCCCAACCUCCCGCAGCGCAUCUCCCUCUCGCAGAAAUACACGACAGACCUCCAGUCCUGGCGCCAUGCUCUCUCCCGCUUCCUCAACGAUACCAACACCAUUGACUCGCACCUGCUGAUCCCCAUCUACCAGCGCCAACGCUCCGUGCUGAACCUCGCCUACUACCACGCGAUGUUGCUUAUCCACCGGCCGUUUCUGCUCUCGAACUUCGCCUCGCUGACACACAUACCCUGCCAUCCAAGCAUCAACCCAGAUCUCAAUCCAGAGUUCGACACGAGCGGGAAUAUCGCAGCCUGUCUCGAAGCAGCAAUGAGCAUUGUCAAAGUCGUCGACGACGUCUUCACCGGCAGUAAUUUAUUCCGCGCCUUCUGGUUCACGCAGUACUACGCCUUCUGCGCCGUCGUCGUGCUGUACAUUUACCGCAUCCAGCAGCACAUUGUCACGCCGGGGAAAUGCGAGGGGUACUUUGACGCCGGCGUCAAGUGCCAGCGGCAAUUGGAGAGCGUGAGCGAAUCCGACUGUUUAGCCAGACGCUACUGUCUCGUGCUGGAAGAGCUGCGACUCGAGGCCGUACGCCAGACGGGGAGCGGGGUUGUCAAGACGGCCGCUAUGCCUGUUUCUGGGACGGCGGCUGCGCAGCACAAGCACAGCGAUGUGGGUGAAUUGCGUGCGCCCAUGGAGACGCCGCAGAGCGAUGCGAGUCCGGCGAUGAACGCACCGUUCUAUGGGGGCAAUGUGCCACCUACACCUGAGAGCACUGUUUUCAACCCAAACUACAUGCCGUCGAAUGAUAUCAUGGCGGAUCUGACGAGUUGGGGCCAGUUUGACAGUCUGGUGACGGCUGGGAUUGGGAUCUUCGAUGGGGGGUUUCAAGGGGAUAGUUCGUUUGGGUUUGGGGGGUUUGGGUUGUGA